AUUCUUUUCUUUGCGUGAACUGUGGAAAAACAAUAAUAGAGAAAUUUGAGUCUACUUUUAUUGACUCAUAAUAUUAGUAUAAAGCAAUACAGAUUACAGAAUAAUUUGUUGUAUUUGUCUUAUUCAUAAUUCAUAUUUUUACAUUAAUAAAAAACAAUACAAUUUUUUCUAAAUGAUAUGCCAAAAUAAUGUCCAACAACACACAGUUAAAUAAUAUAAAUGACGUGUAAUGUUUCCAACCGUGGAUACGGAGCAUAUUUCUCAAAACACGUCAUUGUUAAAUGAACCUGGCACAUCUAGCGAUGAUCAAGAUUCCGCUGAAAAUUUUCAAGCGGCAAAACAAAACAAUAACCGUGAUAUAACCAUUAAUAUGCUCGUCAAAGAAGCUAUAUUUUGUAUAGCCUUAGCACUAACAACAUUAGGUGCCCUACACAAUACGCCCUCCAAGGUGUCCAAAGUUCCUCAACCAAUAAAGUUUUUUAAUUCGGCAUUAGUCACAGAUUGGUAUAAAGGUCAGCUAAGUAGCGCAUUGCGAGUGAUCAACACACAUGAUGUAUCUUUUGUUAUGUAUUAUGCUCCCUGGGAUGGUGAGUCCCAGUAUGUGCGAGGAGAGUUUGAAAAGGCUGCAAUCUUAUUAAAUGAUAGGGUACAUUUUAGUGCAAUAAAUUGUUGGAAUCCUGGAAGUGAAUGCCGGAUGCAACACAAUAAGAUAGCGUCAUGGCCAAUACUAAUAGCGUACACAGUGACAUCUAGAGGAAUUUUAUAUAAAGGACCACGAAAUGCGGAGAGUAUGGUUAAUUUUCUAGAUUUAAUAAUACAACCUUUACAAAAAGUAUCUAGUAGAGAAGAUCUUGUUAACCUGCUGUCCAUGUGUAAUGCUGUAGCAGUUGGCUAUACACCACUCACUGACACAUCAAAGUUUUACAAUAUAUGGUAUAAUACAGCUCUCAAGAUACGCGAAUUUGACACUGUUGGUGAAGUAUGUUUCGCUGUUGUAACUUCCCUUGACCUAGCAAAUUUUGGGAUUGAAAGCGCGCCAAACGCGAGAUUCAUGCUGUGGAAUGAUACUCAGCAAUACAUUACAAAAGAUGUGCAACGUGCAUGGAAUGAAUCAUCUCUAGUAAAAUGGGUAUUGGAAAACUUUGCCCAGCCAGUCGCCAGGAUUAUUCCAAUGUGGAAGAAGUCAUUUAAUUUUGAAAGAUAUGCCGAUGGAAAUCCUAUGUUGAUGCUUUUUACACCUAUGAAUCCACUCUAUGAACAGCUGCCAUCAUAUGCUCUGAUGCGCGAGAUUGCCAUGGAGUAUUAUAAUUGUCAGAGCAACCAGGCACAUCAAUGGACGGCGGAGUUUUUAAAAGUCCAGCAAAUUCGGAGGUUGAUGUACCAACAAAAAAAAUUCAUGAAAUUCUGCCAAGAGUACAAAUUUAAGAAACCAUCCGUCAAAAUGAAUAUCAGCAAGAAAGAGGUUGUGUCAAAUAAUAAUAAGUAUCCCUGGAACAAUAUGACCCAGAAGAAUCAAAAGAGUAGUCCCGUCAAUUUGAUUUGGAAGGAGGGUCUUGGUGCUUCGAAGUUGAUACAAAAUAAUGCUUGGUCAAGUUUGGAGCUUAUGGAAAAGUGUAGUCUCGUGUCACUGCCUGUUGAGAAGAGUAAUUAUGAUUUUUAUGAAAAGUGUGCUUCGUUGGAGGAGCAGUUACACCAUCAUUCAUAUGUUGAACCAGAAAGGGAAAAAGAAGAGACCGUGAUCCUACCAGUUGAAGAUGAUCCGUUAUCAGCAGAAAACUUAAUUCAGGAUUACGCGAAGUACUUCUGCAAUAAGUUACAGUUUGCCAACACUAUAUAUCCACCGGUGUUUCCAUCACAGUCAGAGAAUGAGACUGACAUAAGGGGCUUGGGCUGCACAACCAACUUUACUAUGUAUAUGAUAGCCGUUGACAGUAUACGGAACUAUCAUUUUGCUGAAGCACUGGGCAUAGAUAUCAAAAAGAAAAAAGAUAUGACAGCUGUUGUUAUACUUGAUAGUAAGCACGAGAGCCAGUACGUGCUGUCGGAAGAAUACAGCGCCCGGUCAGUCCGCGAGUUCAUAUACAACUUCACCCGCAAGAGUAUUAGGCGCACGUUGCGUUCGCACGUUGAGAGUGCGACGCACACGCACUUCUACGGAGACGGGGGCGGGGCUGAAGGAGGGGCCGCCAGUGACGUCACCAUCGCGGACCUUACGACGCGUACGUUCAGGAGAGCGGUGCGGAAAAAGGAUGUGCUCACACUGGUAGCGGUCUGUGGCGGUGGAUGCGGGGCGCUGACGUCACGAGCGCUCGCUGAAGCAACGCGCCUGUUGAACGCUUGUGGCGUCCGUGCUCACGCCGCACGUGUGGACGCCGGACGUCACGACUUGCCCUGGCACUACACGCCCACGCUCUACCCCACUAUACUGGUCUUCCCGCCCAAUCGCAAUGGGGAGCUGGGUAGCCGUGCGUAUCCCCUGAAAGAGAGGAUCUCUUCGAGCGGGUUGGUAGCGCUGGCUCUACGGGCCCUGGGGACGCCGCAUCAUGUCAGGGUGAGGCUGGCGAUGUGCUCACGUGUCCGGUCGAUUGUUGAGAAGAAAUCCUGUCUGAAAUACAUAAGGGAGCACAUAGCUUCAGUCAUCGGCAGGAAUUUGAAAUAUUGGCAGAAGGCGCGAACCGUGGACCUUCGUAACGCUGUUUUGAAACGACUCCAGCACUUAAACCGAGUGCAGCUUCUUCUGAGUGUGAUACACUUCGGCGAUCUCACAGUGAACAACAGGAAACAGAAGUUGCUAAAGAAUGCCCUCGACGACUUGUUGACGUCCUGGAACAUUGACGGACCAAGGCAACGGGACGCGUCGACAGUAAAAACGAGAUGAUAAUUAUAGUUGUAUGUAAAUAGUGUAAUAUAUUGCUCAUUUUCUGUUAUUUAUUUAUAAAAUGAAAUGUUGAUAUAUAUAUUUGAAGGAA